AUGGCAGUAAAUCAACAAAAUCUAACUCCAGAUGAUAUUGAGAAUGAAGAAUAUAUUGUGGAUAGGAAAGAUAAACUUAUUGAAGAAUGUGAAGAGUUAUGGAAACAGAUGGAAAAAUGUCAGCAGGAGAUAGCACUGGCUGGAGGUGAAAGACUUAACCAUUCCAAUGGUCAGCUAACAUUAUUAAUGAUGCGAGUAAAGAGUCUAACAGCAGAAUGCAAUCAAUGGCUGGAAAGAACUCCCGACAUAAUCCCAUUGAAUCCAGAAAGUCUAGUAGUACUAGGAAAAGAUGAGUUAAAGAAAUUAGACCAUAAUCUUGGAAUGCUACUGUCCACGGUUCAGUCAAAGAACCAGAAACUAAAGGAAGACUUAACGAGAGAGCAACAGUGGUUGGAUGAGCAAGAAGAGCUAGUAGCAUCUCUCAGUGAAAUAUGUAAGGAACGAAAAAAUCAAGUAAUACCAUUUUCUGAGAAAAGGACUUUUUUUGAAAUGAAAACUAAACUGACUAAAGUACAAAGCUAUAGAGAGAAACUCUUGACCUCUCUGGUUGAGUUUCUAGACAAGCAUUUUCCUCUCCCUGAAGAAAAUGGAAAUAAGAAGAGAAAAAGAGAGUGUCAGCAAACUGCACAACUAAUGACACUGCAUGAAAUUUUAGAGGUUCUUAUAAAUAGCUUACUUCAGUCUCCACAUGAUCCAUACAUAAAAAUUACUGAUUCCUUUUGGCCACCUUAUAUUGAGCUGCUGCUGCGUAGUGGAAUUGCACUUAGACAUCAAGAUGAUCCAAACCAAAUUCGAUUAGAAGCGUUUCAUCAGUAA